AUGGAAGGAAGAAUGAGCUUCCCUCCUUUCAAGCCCUGGAAGGGUUGCCCACAGCCUCCUUGCCCACUCUCCUUUCUCUUCUUCUGCAUCUUCUCGUCAUUUGCAGCAUGAGUGGUUCAAGCUCAGACUCAGGAAGGUAAGACAGCUCUCUACUCUUAUGCUCCCUCCUCCUUCCUUCUCUCCACUCAAGAAUGACCUUCCCUCCUUUCAAGCUGAGAUUAGAAAAGUAGUCACUUUUGUGAAGCAAGGGCAAUCUCGAGGAUUGAUAUGUAGAACGCAUUGCAGGCUUCAUAAGUGUCGACUGCGGCUUCGCGGGUGUCUCAGAUUAUACAGAUGCCAACACAGGAGUAAAAUACACUGGCGACCGGCAAUUCAUCAACACGGGAGAGAACGAGAUCGUUUCUUCGAACGGAUUUGCUCGGCGAUACGGGACUCUCCGUAGCUUCCCUAACGGGACGCGGAACUGUUAUAAGAUGUCCCCGGUACUAUCCGGUAGCAAGUACGUUAUUCGAGCCGGAUUUCUCUACGGCAACUACGACAGCCAGGGUUUCCCCCCCGUCUUCGAUCUGCACAUCGGGAACAAUUUCUGGACUACCGUCACUACUCUAUCCGAUGAUUCUGUCUUCAGCGAGAUCAUCACGGUGUCGCGGGGGGUUCUCAUACAGGUGUGUCUUGUCAACACGGGAAAGGGCACGCCCUUCAUAUCGGUGCUCGAGCUGAGGCCCCUUCUCGAUUCCAUGUAUCCUCUCGUAAACACGUCUCAAUCCUUGGUCAACCAUUUGCGCUGGAACUAUGGAAUGGCGAACCAGCUAAGGUGGUUCUACUUUGAAAUAACUCGUCACCACUAUUUUCUAAUCAUUUAUUUCGAUCUCUGCUUUUUAUGCCUGAAAUUGUUUUAAUUAUUUAAUCAUCAAACAUUUUGAAACUCUGUCAAGCCGUUCGAUUAUCCGCCUGGAAGGCAAUGCCAGCUGGAGACUCUGGAUUGGUCAAUACGGCACCGAGUUGGAAAGAAGGGUUCUAAGCCCUUGGUAGAGUAGGUGUCAGCGUGACUUGGUCAACCCUUUGGGAGAGGUUCGUCCGGACCUCUCCUCUCCCCUUUUACCUUUAUAUUUGGGACUGAUUUCAGGUACGAAACCAGUCCCGCCGCCUUGUUAAAUUAGUUAUUAGAAAGGGGGACCGGAAGGAGAGUGGGAUUGAAAGAGAUAAAUCAAAUCGAGAGACCCUGUUUUUUCUCUGGUGACUGAAAUCAGGGUUCUCACGUCUUCUCCCCUCUUCUGGUGGCUAUGGUUUAAGCUUCAUUAACUCCAUUUACUGCUGUAUUUCGAUCCUCAGCUAUAGUAAAUUAUCCUCAAGUCUCCUGCUCCUUUCGAUCCUCAACUUUAUUAGACCAUUUUAAAUCCAUGGUUUAUUCUUCAAACUAUUUUUUCAUCUCUUUAUCAUUGUCUCGUCCUUCUUUCUUCCGCGGCAAUAUCAAGCCACAUUGGAGGCCCUUUACCACCCAGAAAACUAGUCACUAGUGCGUCUGCCUACGACACUGGCAUUCUAUCUUCCCAACAGUUGACUUUUAUGCUAAGUGCCUUCAAUAUCUAAUGAAGCAAGCCUAUGGGCUUAGUCGGCUCAGCAUAACCCAUCGGUGCCACAAAUAAAUGGGACAACCUUCUUGGGCAAUAAUCUGAUGUGCAGACACAUGAUGACAAAUAGAAAUGACGACGCAUUUUCUUCUCUCGAAGGUAUCCAUAUGACCCUUUCGACCGCCUGUGGGAUGGUGUCGCCAACAAUUUCUUUACAUUGAACACCUCCAGCGAAGUUAUGGCAAAAGAAGGAGAUGCCUUCCAGGUGCCCUCACUCGUUUUAAGAUCGGCCGUCUCCGAAUCACGCACCAACUAUCAUCUAGAUACCUGGCUAAAAAUUGGAACCUUCGGCGACAAGAUAUACAUCGUCAUGCAUUUCGCAGAGCUCCAGAAGCUCAACUCAGCCAAUGAGUCAAGAAGAUUGAAUAUCUAUGGGAAAGAUGGUACGGUUUUGUUGUUCCCGGAGUACAGCCCUCCUUACUUAACGGUAGAUCAUAAAGAGAUUGUCACUGAUGAGCUUCCGAGGUCAAGAUUUUACAACAUCUCUAUCAAAUCCACAAGGUCGUCCACUUACUCUUACAUCAUCAAUGCCUUUGAAAGUUUUAUAGUGAGGUCAAUGAACGAGUCGCAAACUGAUGAUCGUGAUGGUAAGGCACCAUCUGGCUGCCCCUUUUCCCUCGCUUAUUUUACAUUCGCUAUAUGUUUUUUGUCACGCGCACUACCAUUUUAUCCGGUUCUACUUUAUUGGUACACACAGAAUUACAAUUUCGGCAACUUUACGGGUUCCAUGUGCUGAAAUUUUGCCGAGUGCUGCUGUCUCAUUGCCCGUUAUUAUGUUGCAUUCUAAAUAUGUCUGUUCACGUAUGUCAAAACAUUUGACAUGAUGUGUACGUUGUGUACUAGUUGCGGCCAUUGAGGACAUAAAAAGCGCAUUAAGAUUGGUGAAAAAUUGGGAGGGCGAUCCAUGUUCUCCAAAAGAAUAUAUUUGGGAGGGAGUCAAUUGCGCCAACUCUGAAGACUCUACAUCCCUCCGGAUCAUUUCUCUGUGAGUGCAGUUCAUAAAUAUGCAAACAUGUGGAAGAAAAAAUAGGAGAGAAAUGGUAGAAGCUUAUAGAUAGAUUCAUGAUUGAUCAGAUGGUUAAUAAUUCGCAUCAUGCAGGAACUUAUCAUCGAGUGGCUUACAAGGCCAAAUUCCUAGUUCGAUUGGUAACCUGACAGCUCUUACAAUGUUGUAAGUAUUUGCUUGUGAAUGAGAACAUAUAAUCAAACCCUUUCUCCAUAUUUAUAUAACAUACUUGACAUAUAAGUCCUAAAGAAGCUAUAAAUAAUCGUAUCAAUUUGUCUUUCUUUGUUCACUAGUCAUGUAAGGUAAAUUGUAAAAAUUAAUGAAACUUACCCACUUUCAGAGAUUUGUCAGAUAACAAUUUGACAGGACCGAUACCUGAUAUUUUUGGAGAGUUAUCAUCUCUUCGAUUCAUGUAAGUUUUAUCCUCAACCUUAUCCAGUAAUUGAUAACCACUUUGGCUUCUCUUAGAAAAAAGGUCUAUUUGAUCUUGUAGAAAUUUGUCUGGAAGUGAAGCCCUUGGUGUCAUUCCUCAAAACCUUUGUAAAAAGAUAUCUAAAGGUGCUCUUUCCUUAAGGUUAGUAAAAUCACCAGCCAAUGAAGUUCAUUGCGAUUAACUUCUAGUAGCUUAAUAUACAAAACUAGUAAAUAAUGAAGUAUAAUUAUUGUCUUUUUAUUUUUACAAGUAUUGUCUAUGAUAAAAAUGUCAUAUAGGUCAUGUAAAAUGAACAUGAUGACUGGAGAUUCUAAUGACAUAAAAGUGAAAAUAUUAUAAUACAUUCUAACCUCUCAGUAAAAAUAUUAUAACACUAUGGCUAUUUUAGGUUUCAUGGAAUUAAGCUUGACAAUUAAGGUUAUUACCAAUAUGAUUUCUUCAAGAAUUCUUCUUUCACUAACAAUCCUUUUGAAUAGCAGUAUCACUGGUGGGUUAAAGCAAUGUGAGAAUUCCAAUACCAACAAUAGUAAGAAGAUUAUUAUUCCUAUAACAAUAGCAGCAUCAGUAGUCAUUGGAAUGUUGUUUGUUGUGUCAUUGUGGAUAGUCAAAAGGAAGAGAAAAACACAAUCUUCUAAAGGUAUGUUGAAAUCUAUUUUUCUUUUGGCAUGUAAAUGGUUAAUAAAAGAUCUGAUUAUUUUAAGUAUUUACAUUAUUUUAGGUGUCUCAGAUAAACAAAACAAAAGUGGAAGUACAAUAGAAGGCAAUGUUCAGAAAAGAGAAGGUGUACAAUUUACAUAUGCAGAGAUUACACAAAUUACACACAACUUUCAACAUGAGAUUGGUAAGGGAGGAUUCGGGAUUGUCUAUCUUGGUAGCUUGAAGGACGGAACUAUGGUUGCAGUAAAGGUUCUUUCCUCCUCAUCAUCACAAGGAUCUAAGGAAUUUGAAGCAGAGGUAAUGAAUGGCAAUGAACUAUUUAGCAUAUUUAUAUUAUGUAGUACAUUAUUAUAUGGUCACAAAAUAUAGCAUCAAUAUUAUAUAAUAUACACAUGUCUGAUAAUGAGCUUAUCAUGUUCUAGGUUCUAUUGCUGGCAAGAGUGCACCACAAAAACUUGGUCAACUUAUUAGGGUAUUGUGAUGACAUGCAACAUUUGUCACUUGUAUAUGAAUAUAUGGAUAACGGAACCCUUCGAGAUCACCUAUCAGGUCUUGCUAUUCAAAACUUUUGCAUCCUCAAUUUAGUGAAAUAAAUUUUCAACCUUUCAUAACAUGAUUAUUUCAUCAUUUAUGCAUUUGAUGCACCAUUAAGAUAUAAGACAAUUCAAAUAGCUUUCAUUUGUCUUUUAGGUAAAAUUCUAAAUGGUGACAUUUUAAAUUGGAACCAAAGAGUGAAUAUAGCUCUUCAAGCUGCACAAGGUACUUUCACCCUUACAAACUUGACUCUACUUUUCAAUGAAGACACAAAUGAAUUCUUACUUUUGUAGUUGAAAAAAUAUUAUAGGGUUGGAUUAUCUACAUAGUGGAUGUACACCACCUAUUGUUCAUAGAGAUAUAAAGAGCAACAAUAUCCUUUUGAAUAGAGAGCUUGUUGCAAAGAUAUCCGAUUUUGGACUGUCAAGAUCAUUCAACAAUGAUUAUGCUACACAUAUAUCGACUAGGCUAGCUGGUACUCCAGGAUAUCUUGAUCCUGAGUAAGUACUCUUCUCUAUUGUUACUUGUAUCUUUUUUGUCAAUUUAAUACACUUAUUUUUUAAAUAUUGAUAAAAAUAGUAAGAUGUAUGAAGAAUAAAUUUUCCUUUAUUUGUGCAGGUAUUACAAAAAUUAUAGACUAAAUGAGAAAAGUGAUGUAUAUAGUUUUGGAAUUGUUCUUUUGGAGAUUAUGACUGGUCAACCACCACAUCAAAAUACCAUAGAGAAGACACAUAUUGUGAGAUGGGUUCAUUCAUUAGUUCAGAGUGGUGACAUCAUCAAUAUUAUUGACUCUAGGUUACAAGGAUAUUUCGACAUCAAUAGGGCAUGGAAAAUAAUAGAAGUAGCAAUGUCAUGCACAUCAACAACUUCAGAGGAAAGGAUGACAAUGAGUGAAGUUGUAAUGGAGUUGAAGCAAUGUUUGAACAUAAAUGAGCUGCAAAUUGAGUUUGAAGACACCAAGUCCUCCAUUCAAUAUUCGAGUGGCACAAUUACUUCUGGGUUAAGUACUUCCAGAGCUCCACUAGCUAGGUAG